UCUCAAAUUAUUCGUUUCGAGAUAUCGUGGACAAUAAUGGUUGUUUUAUCGAGAUAUUCGAAUACGAAAAUGUUCCUUGCUUGAGCAAAGAAAUUUGAUUCAGAAUAAAAGAAGAUGGGAGUAGGAGAAAAAUUGAAGAGGUGGAUCUUUUGCAGAAAAAGAGCAAAGGAUUAUGAAGUUGAUUCAUCGCAAAGUUCAGAUAGAAAAAAGAAACGUAAUGCGAGGCUUCAACGGUGGAUGUGGCUGGCGACACAAGUUUUGCUGUCGCCAUUUUUCUGCAUUGGAGGACAAAAACGUCCGAACGAUGAUUUUGAUCCGAUAGUUCUGGAUUUUGGUUUCGGCGACAAUGAAAUAUGGAUAGAUCCAAUGACUUAUAACAAUGAAAGAACUCAGGAUAAAACAGCUGCUGGUGAUAAUGUCAGUGUUUUAUCUGGAGAUUCUCUCGUGGUUCUGUUUGGUCAAAAGAAAAAGGAGGAAAAGUUGCUGAAAAAAGAACCUUUGGACAUCGAGAGUAUAAAAGUAAAAAUUAUUGAAAGAACGAAAUCGUUCGAGAAUCUUCCAGGAAUGGUGUUUGAUGAAAAUGAACUCGUUUUGGAAAAUUUGAAGGGUAAAGUAACAUACCGUCGUCCAAAGACAGCACCUCCAACACGAGAAGCAGCUCGUUACUCACCCGCCGAAGCAUUUUGGACUCCACUUGAUGACACUGGUAUUGGUCUUCGUCAAAUUAAUCAGGAGCUUCCAAGUCUUCAACAAUAUGUGGAAGCACGCGAGAAAAAGAGACGACAAAGAAGAUCGGCCACGGCUCACUCUUUUCCGAGCAACAUCAAAAAAUCCAGCAUGGAAAACUUGCAGAUUAUGAAAGACGUUAAGUUAACGCUCGAUCAUGUAUUGGAUAAAGUUUCAAUUUUACAAGAGGUUGAAAAUGAAGCAAAAGAUUUCAUCAACAUGAUAGUUGACAGAGUGUUAGAGAUUGAAGACAUCAAAGAAAUUCUACAAUCUCCGUUAAACUCAGAAAGCGAUUUGUUUUCAUCAAUGUCUUCAGACUGUGAUAGUCUUGAUAUAACCGAUUUGUUGUGCGACAUUGACGAAAUUGAGCAGAAAAGUAAUCUUCAGCAACCAUCCGACGAUAAAGAGAGUGGACAAUGUUUUGUUGCUGAUGAUAACCAGCUCUAACAAAUGAGAUGAAUACCGGGUUCUAUUUAUGAUUUUCCUCCUUGU